AGCGUGUCUGCAGCUGAAGCGGGACCCUUCUCGGUUUUCCUGGCAUGACCUUUUCCCUUGGCAACCACUUCCUUCUUCCGAGUAUCCAAACGGCCAUCUUUGAUCGCAGCAAAGAGUUGUCCCUUGCAUGGAAAAACGCCGCAGAGGCUUGCUGGCUGCUCGGAGCGGCACGGAGGAGGACGCGGAGUGUUCGUUACUUCUCCCCGGACUCAAACCCCCGAACGGAACCGAAGCGGACGACCGCGUUAGCACAUAAAGCGAUGAGGAAGAAGCAGACAGUCAAGCAGAGGAAGACGGAGGAGACAUCUACUAUUGUCCAGGAGUUUGCGGUGGAGAGAAUAACUCGACGUAGAAUCUUCAAUGGAAGAGUAGAGUACUUGCUCAAGUGGAAAGGCUUCACUGACGCUGACAACACGUGGGAGCCCGAGGACAACCUGGACUGUCCUGAACUGAUCGAGGACUUUCUGAGGAAUCAUUUCUCAGGCGUUGAUGAGGAAGUGGAGCAGGAGUUCGUUCUUAAAGAGGAAAUGGCAGACGAGACGGAAAUUUCCCCGUCACAGACUCACACUCAUCACUGCGAUGGUGACGGCGUGGGAGAUGCAGACUCACCCGCCGACCACAGCGCUUACCCCCAGCCGGACUGCAUCAUCGGCUCCACUGACCGAAAAGGAGAGCUGGUAUUUCUGGUGAAAUGGAAGAACUCGGGCGACGUGGCCCUGCUGUCGGCUCAUGAAGCGAGCGCCAGGUGUCCCCAAGCAGUCAUUGACUUCUACGAGCAGAGGCUGACCUGGCACUGCGGCGAAGACGAGCAGUGACGUGUGCGAUUGUAGGCCCAGGUGAACCUGCAGGACGUUUUACCUCCUUUGAGCGCCGUCGCUCAGCUGAUGUCACUGUGGAGACGAAUGCCGAAUUUGUUGCGACCUGAAGCCUUUUUCUCGCCUCAACAUGUAGCACACACACAAUCACUGUACAUAACAUGUCUUUGUCGGUGGGAAUUUCAUAUUUUAGUCCAUUUUCCCUCUCACCUUAUUGCUCUUCCUGUGUGCGGGUUGUUGUUUAGAGUGUUGUUGCACAAUUUAGCAUUAGCGUUUAGGUGGAAGAAGAAUUAAAUGUGUUACUUAAUGAGUAUAUUAACAUUAAUUCAACAGUUUACAUGCAAUAUACAGUAAAUCCCCGCUUUUAGAGUAUUUUUCACAUUCUACAUAAGCUCUAUAACAACUUGCAUAAUUUGACACUUAUUAAACAUAUUUUAAAACACUUACAUGCCUAAGUGCUUGCCACUAAUUGAGAAUGAAAAAUAACGGAGUGACUUAGAGUUACAGUACCGCCUGAUCGUCAAGCUGCCGUGUCAACCACGCUUCCGUCUCGUGCGGCACUGCCCCCAGCGCCUUCUAAAGCGGCUCGCACUGGUACGCUCCUCCUUGGGAUGUAGGCGUUCCUGAAAUGCGGCGUUCACAUAAUCCAUACCAUUUGCCUGUUCUGAUUCCAGUAAGGUUGAAAUAUGCUCUCGCGUAGGGCUGGGCGAUAUGGACCACGACAGAUAUCCCGGUAUUUUGAGGCCGAAUAGCGAUAUACGAUAUAUAUCGGUAUCGUAAACAAAACAUGCAAAGUCCUUAAAGUUGCAGAAGUGUUCUAAGUGUUGAGAGUACUCAAAUUACUUUUUGUUGUAAGUAACGUAACAUGUUUAUUCUUAUAAAGUAAUUGGUUAGCUGUUACUAUGUCAAAGCCGUUUUUGUUGUAUUUUGUUAAUUAACGUUAGGUUUAUAGCCUCACACUUGUGCGCGGCAAUAGAUGUAGCUCAGACCUGGGCAAAUUAAGGCCCGGGGGCCGCAUGCGGCCAGUUAGGCUUUUCGAUAUGGCCCGCGGGACAUUCCCAAAUAAUUUGUUUAGAUCUUUAAGAUGGAAACUGUAGCUGCCAUUAUGAUGUGCAGUGAUGUUUUCAAAUGACCGUAAGUCUCGAACUAUACAAAGUAUUUCAGUGGUUGGAAUCUGCGCUUUUGCAUGAUAUACUAGUUACUAUGGUAAUCUAAUUAGUUACUGUGGUCAUCUAAGUCACAGCAGCUCAGACGAGGCACCAAGCAGUGUGAGUGUUUCCACAGAGUGUCAGCCUGAAAUGCAGGUGUCAGGGACAGACGCGGAAGGAGAUUUUUACAAGAAAGUUCUAAUGGUCGGUGAUAAAUCAGAUACAUCAGGUAGUAGGGUUUUUUUUUUUUACCCUUCGCUUUCAUAUUUUGCUGUGUUUUGUUGCAUUUUUGUUGCGUUUCGCUUGAUUGUAAAAUAUGUGGAUUGAGAGGGGGUGUGACGUUCAUAUGUUGUCAAUCCCACAUUCUUUAUUUUCAUUUACAUUCUGGGUGUCUCAUUAAGUAAAAUAAAUGUGAAUUUCCAUUCCGUUUUUGAAGGCGGUCUGUCAUAACGUUUUUAGCAUUCAAUCAGACAUUAUUACAAGGUUCUGUAUUAGUGUUCCUAAAAAUAGAUAUACCGGUCCCUGAGACACAUUUUUUUCUCUAAAUUAGGCCGCCUGAGGCAAAAUAAUAGCCCAGGCCUUAUGUAGCUUCUACUCGCUCACUGCGGUGAAAGUAGCUGGUUGUUCAGUUUGAAACUACUCUUCAUCCACCCAGCCGCUACACUAGCUUAGUCUGCACGGGGUAUGGGCAGAGGGACUUUCAAGCCGAGGAGUGGCUUAACAUCUGACACACCCAGCGAGUAGCAGAGAGUCGCUAACAGAACUGAACAACAUAAACAGAUGAUAUUAAUGAUAAAGUCGCUGCAAGGAGAGAUAUGGCUUCUCAAGCAAAUUGGUGUAUUUGUAAAUAAAUCUGUAGUCACUCACCAAUCGCCAAAUGCAGCCGCUGACCAAAGCAUUGCAUCACUCGGGAGUCGAGAAGUCGGCCCCAGGAGGUGCCAUAUUCUUUGGAAAAGUUUGUUGUGUUGCAUCAUUGUGCGUCAGAGAAGCCUACGCACACAAGCAAGAAGUGGGGUUGAGCCAAAGAGGAUGCCCGUCAGGCGCAGAGAAGAUCAAACAGCCGUAACAAAGGCACAACAAAAGAUACGGUAUGGCGGUAUUGUCUCAAAUAUAUCUUUCUUUCUAGAAUAUGCCUGUAUUAACUGUAAUACCGGUAUACCGCCCAGCCCUUCUCUCGCGUGAACAACCACAACUUUUGUUGACUAGGUAUUAGCUUCCUGUGUGUAGUACCAUGGAACCUCGAUUUACGAACUUACUUAUUUCUUAAACAGAGGUUAUAUAUUAAAGUUUGUAUAGUAAAGCAAAUUUCUCCAUAAGAAACAAUAAAAAUAUGAAUAAGUCAGAGCCGUGACAAGGCAAUAGUUUCGUAAGCACUUUGAACACAAAAUCAAGCGCUACGCCAAACUGUAUAUCAAACAAACAUAACAAGGGGGUGAUGGAUCAACUAUUUCAUAACAAAAUUCAAAACAAUAUCACGAGUGGGCAGUGUCGACAACGGUGUGGAUACUUCCUGAAUGUUUCAAACCAAACAUCACCUGUCCCUAAUUUUCUUUGGACUCAUAUUGACUUAGCAAAAUUAGAAAAAUGCUGUAAAAAAAUAAGUAAAAUAAAAAAGACAGAAAACAGUGCUAUUGUGCUGACUGAAUGAGCACCAGAGUUCACUAAACCCUCCUGCGAUGAAUGUGCUGCUGGGCACAAAAUGGCUGCGCUGGGAGCCCAUUAAAGUUUGUACAAUAAAGCAUAUUUUUAUUCGGUUCGAGGUUCUUAUAUCGAAAAGUACGUCCAAUGAGGGGUUCCUAAAUCGAGGUUCUACUGUAGUUGUAAGCAAUGGCGACUGAAGUGACAUCCACAUUGUUGUUGCAGCUGGAACUAAUGAUUUUUCAAACAACGAUCACUUUUAUCGUCCAUGUUGCUACCAAACCGGAAGAAAGGACUUUAGCAAAAGUGGGCUGUGUGAUCCCGGAACGAGUCGAGGCAGAGGACAGGCAAGCAUACUUGCCAACCCUCCCGAUUUUCCCAGGAGACUCCCGAAUUUCAGUGCCCCUCCCGAAAAUCUCCCGGGGCAACCAUUCUCCCAAUUUCCACCCGGACAACAAUAUUCGGGGCGUGCCUUAAAGGCACUGCCUUUUGCGUCCUCUCUCACCUAAAACCUUCACCUCUUAACAGCCGCAUGCUGUCCAGGCGUCCGCUUUUCCUCCUUAUAAACAGCGUGCCGGCCCAGUCACAUAAUGUAGCAUUGGACGGGUUUAACAAAGGUCUUUACUCCAAGAUGUUAAGAGAUGCUGACACGUUGAAUGAUCUUUAAACUGGUUUUGAUGAUAACGUUAAUUUCAAGCACACAUACUCACACACAAGUGAAUGCAAUGCAUUCUUGGUCAACAGCCAUACAUGUCACACUGAGGGUGGCCGUAUAAACAACUUUAACACUGUUACUAAUAUGUGCCACACUGUGAACCCACACCAAACAAGAAUGACUAACACAUUUCGGGAGAAUAUCCGCACCGUAACCCAACAUAAACACAACAGAACAAAUACCCAGAACCCCUUGCAGCACUAACUCUUCCGGGACGCUACAAUAACAUCUACGGCUUUUGGAGCUCAGUGCACAAGUGCACACACAAUAAGAAGGAGACGAAGCAGAAGAACGAAGAAGAGACAUGGCGACGACGAGUAAGAAGAAGAAAUACGCUUGCAAGUUCCAAAAUGAUUGGAAAAAAUAAUUU